AUGGAUCUAGGCAGUUUAACAACAAUUUUGGAAUAUGAAGAUGAUGAAUUUGAAAAACUUGUUAUGGCCCAUAGAUUGAGUUUAGUGGGUAAAUUUUCGUAUGGUCGUCCUAAGAUGGAGGAAGUCCAUAACAAAUUCAAGAAGAUUGGACUCAAUGGUGGCUAUAAUCUAGAAGAUCCGCCAGUAGUCCCUAUUUGGGUUUCUCUCUGCGACUUGCCAAUUGAAUACAUGCAGCCGGAGGUCAUCUUCUCAAUGGCUACAACUAUAGGACAACCCUUGAAGGUAGAUACGCCCACUUUGAACAUGACAAGACCAUCGGCGGCAAGGUUUUGUGUUGAAGUGGAUCUAAUGAAAGAGUUACCAAAAUCAGUGAAGAUCGGGAAGAGAGGACGUAAGCAUGAGCAAAUUUUCACUUAUGAACUUGUCCCUGCGUAUUGUCCAAAGUGCAGCAAAAUUGGGCAUAAGGAAAGGGACUGCCGUAUUGGAAAGCCAACUCCGCAAAAAAUUGUUGCGGAUAAGGUAACUGCUCCGAAUGAAAAGAAGAAUGGAAUCAAAAUGGCCAAGCAAAAAGUGAAAUUGGGAUCGAAGAAACCUCAUGAGAAGUCAGAGGUUGAGGUUGAAAUUAUAAACGCUAAUCCGUUAAUCAUUAAGGCAGUAGAAGCGGCGAAAGAGAAGACAGUGAUCCCAAUGGACAUUCCCGACUCUACGCCUCCAAAAGGUGUACCUGAGGAAGAGGAAAAUUGGGUCUCUAAACAGGUUGCGACUCAGCCAAUUGAAGCUUCGCAGGUUGAGGUUUCUCCUAAAGGGAAUCGAUUCUCUGUUCUUGCGAACAUUGACGAAGUGAUAAAUGGAUCUGACUCUAGUGAGGAGAAUGUAGAACGAAUUCUGCUUGAAGAGUCGUUGCUUGAGAAUAAUUCAGCUCCCGAAAAGCGUGUAACCCUAGCCUUAGCAUUAAUUCCACAGGCCAAACAAUUGAUAAAUAAGCAUUCCGAUGAAUGCAAUGUUGGCUCUCGAAGUCUGAUUGAGGACAGUGAGGAUGAGUAUGUCAAAAGUGAUGAUGAACGAUGGUCUGAGGGGGACAAGUUUGAUUGA